AGCAGCCGACAGGUCGUGUGUUGUGAAACUUCUAGUUGCCCCCACGGUGACAUUACGUGGUUUCUGUCAUGACGGUGGACUAUAACGUUUAAUAAACGAUACCAACGCGGUCCAGUUUGAGAGCACGUCACGGCGUUAGCGGUUUGAAUCUGGGAAUACAGUACAGAGAUGUUGGCGUGUACCCGAGCGGCACCGUGAGCAACUUAUCUACAAACUGCAAAAACAAAAACAUUACAGUCAAGAUAUAUAAAGAGAGAAAAUGUUUCCAGCGACGUGGUCGCGACUGUCCCGCGCGGCGUUGUCCCGCGCAGGACUGAGGACGCGGACUCUGCUGUCCAGCUCCGGACCUUCCGACUGGAGCAAAGUGGUGUCCGACGCGGAGAAGCUCGUCGGGUAUCCGACCUCCUUCAUGAGCCUGCGCUGCCUGCUCAGCGAUGAGCUUAGUAACGUGGCCAUGCACGUGAGGAAGCUGUUGGGGACUCAACACCCGUUGCUCAACACUGCAAGGGGCUACGUGUACGACAGCCGGCACAACCUCCAGACCAGGGGCCUGAUCGUGCUGCUGCUGUCGAAGGCGGCGGGGCCGAGCCACGCGGCCGCCGGCCUCCUGUCCCACGACAUGGUCAGCGGCAUCUACCCGAGCCAACGGAACUUGGCAGAAAUCACAGAGUUGAUCCACACGGCGUUCCUGGUGCAUCGUGGGGUCGUCGACCUGAAGGGGUGGACGGACUCGGACGGCCCCCUGAAGGACAUGGAGUUUGGGAACAAGAUGGCGAUCCUGAGCGGCGACUUCCUGCUGGCGAACGCUUGUACCGGACUUGCCCAACUGAACAACACCAAGGUGGUCGAGCUGAUCUCCAGUGCCAUCGGGGAUGUGGUUCAAGGCAUCUACAGCGAGAGUUACAGUAAUACGGAGGAUGGCGGUGCCACCGACGGCGUGGACGUGGCGGCGUGGGAGGAGCACGCCUUCCUGUCGCACGGGGCGCUGCUGGCCAAGAGCUGCCAAGCUGCGAUGGAGCUCGCCAAACACGACAAGGGCUCGCAGAGGUCGGCCUUCAAGUACGGCAAGCACAUCUCGCUGGGCCACAAGCUGAACUCUGACCUGCAGCCGUUUCUGAAGAGCGGCGCGGGAGAGCCGGCGUCUUUCAGUCUGACCGCCGCCCCGGUGGUUUUCCACCGUCAGAUCGUCGGCCAGGAGAGGUGGCGGCAGCAGCUGCAGCAGGCCACAACACUGAGAAACCAGCUGGAUUACUCAAAGCUUUUGGCGACGGUGAAGUCGGAGAAAGGCGUGAGCUCGGCGGUGGACUUGUGCUGUUACCAUGGCAACAGGGCUCUGGAGGCCAUCCACGCUUUCCCCUCCUCCGAGGCUCGAUCCGCCCUGGAGAACAUCGCCUCCGCUGUCAACAAAUUUUGACCUGGACACACACACACACACGCACACACACACACACUCUCUCUCACUCACACAGAGUGUCUUUGUCUGCAGAGGCAAGAGGACGAGAACCACUGAACACUUGAGACGAAUCAACUUCUCGCGUCUGGAGGAGCCGCCGCUCUUCACCGUCGGGGAUGACGGUGUCCAACGGCCGUGCCCGUAAACGGUCGCCAUUAAAAAGAGUAGAAGUCCAUGACUUCAGCAUCAUGUCGUGCAUUGUGCUGCGCUCCACGACACAUACCUUACCUCUCUUUCCCUGCGGAGGAAAAACAUCAUCACGCUAAGCUGCAUUUCCCACAACAACAAAAAAGAAAAUGCCAGUUUUAUCACCGUCUUAUCGGCAGAGCCACAUUCAGGACGCUUUUCAAGAUGUUCCCGCAGAAAUGUCAUUCAUCUGGAAAAUGUGCCGUGAACGGCAAAACGAAGGCGCCAAGCAGCGCGUCUUAUUCAAACCAAAACGUUAUGGGGGGUUGGGGGAAUCACCCCGAUUCGCCCCACUCGUUACUGCACCCCUCGGGCGGCGCGGUUGUAAAUCCGGUUGUAAAAAAGUCCCAAAGUCAUGUUCCACCAGGUAUGUGCAGCUACUGAUAAGCACAUCUGCAAAAAAAGAAUAAGGUAUUUUGCGUGAUAUUCGCUCCACGUGUGUGUGUGUGUGUGGGGGGGGGGUACUCGAACCAGGACAAAUGUCAUCCAUGUUGCCUUAUUAUGUGUGUCCCCAUUCCCGUGAACGUGAUCCAAGACGACCCAGGGGCGGGGAAAGGUCACGCAGUCGCUCCCCUCGGCCCCGAACAGCGAGCGCACUGAAGCGCCGCCAAGCAGGAAUUAUUAAUGAAGAGAGCAAAUGGACAGGAAGUGCAGAGGUAUUGAUCGGGCCGGCUGCCCCGCUCCAAGAACUACAGGCUGGCGCCAGCCUGGUGGCCUGUGGUUUCCCAGGCUGCUGUCUGCAGAGGAGCAGGGGGGGGCAUGGGGGGGGGGGGUGUGAAACCAGGCCACCGGCGGCAGCUGUCUGUCACAUCCAGGCCACACCUGAAGGACGGAGCAGCGGAGACGAGGUCUGAGCUAACGGAAACAUGUGGCAGCUAGCUGGAAGUAACGGUCCAGUGUGAACUUAGUUUGAAGUUGUUGGAUGUCGAUUCCUUCGGGAACGCCGCUAUUAGCUCCAGUUGCAACUCCUGGUGAAACACCUGUGUGUUUUUAGCUUAGCUAGCGGCGUGGCUCUAGGGUCCACACGAGAAUGAAACGCCUCAACGGCGUCACAUGGGUUCAUGUUCAUGCAGCGUUCGCAGUCCCCAGAGGAAACGCCCCGUCGGUGCAGCUGUGCUUUACGUUUAGUGCUAAUUGGCUAAUGCUAAAGUCUGUUGGUGAGCGCGGGGAAACAUUACAUCGGCGUAACGUUAGCAUGCCGGCGUACCGAGGCUCUGAGGUCAUUUGAUGGUUUUCCCAAAAUACAACUUUAAUAAAAACCUGUGCCACGGAAAGCUAAAUAAAUAAUAAUAUAAAUAAUUAAUAAUACAUUGUUUCUGUUUUUCAAGCCCCUUGUUUGAAUGUUGGUGGUAAUGGUUUGAUCCGAUACCUCACUGAGUAAACCAUGUUUUGAGUAAAGAUCGAUGUGGCACGAAGUAUUUGUGUCUGUUGCCGGGUCGUCCUCCACUUCCUCUCCUCUUGUUUUGGGUUUUCCGUUGCCCGGGUACCAGCGAGGUGCAGCGCGUGCCUCCGGCUCUUCAUGAAAUAUGUAUCCUCGCCGUGAGGAGACAUGAGGAAAGUUACAUGGAAAGUUAAGAGGACCAAACAAGGAAGCAGGCCGGGGCGCUGCCAGAAUGACAAAUAUAGUUAGAAAACAGAACUAUUUUUAUUUUGUUCUUCUUAAAGGGGUCCGACCUACGCAGUGAAACAGAGUCCAACUCAACCAGGCGCUGCAGAAGCAGAUUGAAGGGACGGGUUGUAACCUUUAUUUAAUUUUUUUCGACUUCAAGAAGGGAAGCACAGUUCUUCAAGCUAAAUAUUUAAUGGAGAACAGAAAUUGUAGCCUCCUCCUCCUCUCUGACAAUAUCGCCAGGGCCAGCAUUAAUCUCUUCAAUAUCUCCUGCGUGGCCCAAAUGAAGAGGGAGGAGGAGAGGAGGUCCGGCCGCUCGGUGUCCUGCGCAGCAGAAACCGGACCCUGUGUUUGCUUACAGCUCAGAGUCUGAAAGUCUCCGGUGUCAUGAAAGCAAGAGGUGUCAAGGCUAUGAGUUUACAUGCAAAACACAAUGCGGGGCAACAGCGGCCCUGGUGUGCCCCGGCCCCGGCCCCGGCCCAGACGAUGACCGGUGAAAUUACAGCAGGGUCCGGUGGAGAGAGACGGUCAGCACACACAGCUGGAGACAAAGCCACCGGCAGCUCGGGAGUUGAAUGUGAGGCUGCAGUGUUCUGGAAAAUCUCCCCGAGUUUCUCGUUUCAAUGCACAUCGAGUACGGAGGCAACGCGUUGAGGACGGAGAUCAGAGGCCCGCUGACGCAAUGUGAAGUUUGUGUAUCAACAAGUAGAGGAACACUAAAUGACCCAUGAUGAAAUCUUAAGGAUUGUCACUUUAAAUUAUCCUCAGUGAAUGCCAUAUUAUUAUUAUUUGUUGGUGAUAUUCUGUAACUAUGUGGAACAAUUCCAGGAUUCAUUUAUAUACUAAAGGGUCAGAGUUACAAGGGUUGACUUUUUUUAAUUUUUUAUACUUGAUAUUUUAUUUCGGUAUUUUUACAGAUACAACCUUCAAAAGUAAGAAUGCAUAAUAAUAAAAAAAAAUAAAGUGAAAAUUAACCAUG